GCGGGCUUUCUGAAAAUAUAGUUAUAGACUUAUAGUGUGCGAUAAUUUUAUUCGAAUCGAAAACUCAAACAUUUGGGAAAUACAGUGAAGUGGAUCGACAAACAACGUGUGGCAUCUUGUUCAUCUCAAACACACUGCGGAGAUCAUUACAACAUCUACAUAUGAACGCACAUUCAUAUAUACAAGACAGUGUUGAUUACAACCCCGAUUUCAAUUCUAAUUUCUAGGGUUUAAUCAAACAACUGGAUCUUAACUCAAGUUACUUGCUUUUGUACUAAAGAUCCGAUUCAUCUCCGAUCAGAGUGGAAGGACGAUGAAUUUUCUGAAUCUGCGGUCCAAUAGUUUUAUUUCAACUUCAGAGCAGCCGAAGCAGAAAGCCGAGCAGGAAAUUCAGACAAGACCAACUGGAACUUUGGAGGGACUUAUUGAUGAAGAUCCAUUCCCCCCUACUCCCCCCCCUCCGGUGCACAGAGCGGGAUUUAAUUCCAGUUCCAGAUUUGGUGCUGCCUUAAGUGCGAAUAGUAAUACGGCGGGUGCGGAGAAUCAUGUCGAUGUUACUGAAGAUCAAGGAUGGAUCACUAUUCCUUAUAAGGAACUACCUGAAAAUUGGAUGGAAGCACCAGAUAUACUGUCAUUUGAAUCUUUGGACCGCAGCUUUGUUUUUCCAGGUGAACAAGUUCAUGUUUUGGCAUGUUUGUCUCCAUAUAAGCAUGAUACAGAAACCAUCACUCCAUUUAAAGUUGCUGCAAUGAUGAACAAAAAUGGUAUCGGACGAAUCCCAAAGAUAGAAAAUGGGAAAAUUGCAGAUGAACCAGAAAACGUUUCAAGUAGAGUGGAGGUAACUUCUGAUGGUCAUGAUAAUGAUCAGAAUGGAGUUGGACAAUUUGAUUUCAAAAAGGAUGCUUCUCAUGGUGAAUCCCUUCUUAGAAUGGAAAAUCAAAAAAGACAGACUGAAACUUUGCUUCAAAGUUUUAGGAACUCUCAUUUUUUUGUCCGAAUAGCGGAUUCGCAUAAAUCACUUUGGUCCAGGAGAAGAGAAUCAGGUGCAUCGGCAGAAUCUUCUUCAGCAACUGAAUCUUUUGAUGGCGCAGAUAUAAGAAAAACAGAAAAGAAAACCUCUUUAAGUGCAUCUGUAGAUAGAGGAGGUUUUGAUGCCAGCUCUUCCGGGGGAAUGGCCAGAAAUAGUAUCGAGUGUUGCGCUCUUUCCAAUGGAGAUAUAGUGGUAUUAUUACAGGUGAAUGUUGGUGUUGAUUUGUUAAAAGAUCCCGUCCUGGAAAUUCUUCAGUUUGAGAAAUAUGAAGAGAAAAGUCUGAGUCUUGAGAAACCGAAAAAUGUGGUGCCUGCAAAUGAGGAUCCCUGUGGAGACUUACUGAAAUGGUUGCUUCCUUUAGAUAAUUCCAUUUCUCCUCCAUCUCGGCCAUUAUCUCCUCCUCCUCCUUCCUUGAGUUCCAGUUCAAGUAUACGUACCACAUCCUCAAGGCCCAACUCAUCAGCGUCAUCUACGUCACAGAUGUUUUCUUUUGGAAACUUCAGAAGUUAUUCAAUGUCGGCACUUCCGCCAAAUAACCCUCCACCUCCUACUGUAGCCCCUAAUCCAAAGCCAAACUUUGAUACUGAGGAUUGGAAUCAAUUUUCAUAUAAGAGUUUUGGGAAACCGGACAAUACUGGUAAUGAAGGUCUUUUAUCUUUUAGAGGAGUAUCAUUGGAACCUGAAAGAUUUUCUGUAUGUUGUGGAUUGGAAGGCAUUUAUAUCCCAGGAAAUAGGUGGAGGAGAAAAAUUGAGAUAAUCCAACCUCUUGAGAUCCAUUCUUUUGCUGCUGAAUGCAAUACAGAGGACCUUCUGUGUGUCCAGAUAAAAAACGUUUCUCCCGCACAUACACCAGAGAUCAUGGUUUAUUUGGAUGCUAUUAUGAUCAUAUUUGAGAAGGCAUCAAAAGGCGGACCUCCUUUAUCUGUACCAAUUGCAUGCAUCGAGGCCGGCACUGACCAUUGUUUGCCUAAUCUUGCUCUCAGGAGGGGUGAAGAACACUCUUUCAUUCUCAAACCGGCGACUUCAAUGUGGAAGACUCUCAAGGUUCCUAGUGAGAAAAAUACCCAGCCCUCUCAUUCACGCACUGGAAGUGUAUCAACAAGUUUUCAGCAUCCAAACAAUGUUGAUCAAACUGCUUCAAAUAACGAUCAAUAUGCAGUUCUAGUUUCAUGUCGGUGCAACUAUACUGAAUCAAGGCUUUUCUUUAAGCAGCCAACUAGCUGGCGACCUCAUAUUUCAAGGGAUGUUUUGAUCUCUGUUGCAUCCGAAAUGUCGAAGCAAACUCUUGUAUCAAAUGGAAGAGUCCCUCAACUUCCCGUUCAGGUGUUGACUCUCCAAGCUUCAAAUCUGACAUCUGAAGAUCUAACGAUGACAGUUCUUGCUCCGGCCUCAUUUAUGCAUCCUCCCUCUGUACUGUCCUUGAAUCCCUCUCCAAGAUCACCAUUGAGUCCAUAUGUUGGUUCUUCAGGGUUCGCUGGCAGAUUUCAAGAGACGAGUUCACUUCCAGUUGAGGUGGAAAUUCAGAAGUCUAUUGGUGAUGGUGGACCAUCUUUUAUUUCCAGCGAGCAACUCUUUGCGAUGUCUGAUGUAUUGCCAAGGGGUGAUUUGGGUUGUACACACUUGUGGUUGCAGAGCAGAGUCCCAUUAGGAUGUGUUCCUGCUCGAUCCACAGCAACAAUUAAGCUUGAGCUAUUACCAUUAACUGAUGGCAUAAUCACGCUAGAUUCAUUACAGAUCAAUAUUAAGGAAAAAGGUCAGACUUAUAUUCCUGAGUAUUCUUUGAAGAUAAAUGCAACGUCCAGCGUCGCCACAGGGAUCAAAUAGAAAUUGUUGAUUUCUGGUAUACUGACAUACAUAUGCUGAAGUUGCAGACGCCAGUGGGAUAUCUAAGGUCGUUAACAACAAUAUCGGCUAUCUUGGUAUUGAAAAUUUGGUUGGGUGUAUUACAAUGUUUACUUGAAGGCUUAAAGGAUACCGUUUGCUGCUUGGGUAGUAGACUAUUGUAAAUGUGGCGCAACUUUGAACUUCAAAAGCUCAGUGUAGCACAUGCCUUAUAGAUAGAGAGAGGGUAGUAAAUCUUAUAUCAGCCGAUGUCAAAUACAGCACUAUACCUUGUUUUGUAAACCAUAAACUACACCACCAAUUGUUUUAUAGGAGGCUUGUAAGGAAGAAUAGUUGGGCGUUUAUCUGUUUUACCGAUAAACUGGCUGAAUUUGAAAGUUUGUGCUAGACGCUGUUUGGGAGCCUGAGGAUAAUGUUAAUUGUUUGGAAGUGCAUCCCACUGUGACUGCACUAGAUCUGGUUAAAUAUGCUUGGACAUAUUUGAUGAAGUUUGGAGCUGUCCUGUAUCAGGUUCAAUAUAUUUGGACAUUGUUGCUGAAUUUCAUUGUUGUUUGUUGACAGCUUUCAUAAAUCAUAAUGCAUUUUUCUCAACA